CCAUUUCCACCCUCCCACAAUUUAAACUUUACCCGUAAAACCCCAUCCAGGAUAGAGGGGGGUUUAUCCUUUAGCUCCAUGGCUACCUUCCCCGACAGCUUAAGUUUAAGCAUUCGCAGACCCGACUCAAAACCAUCACCGCCGUGCAAACCCAAAGUCGCACCAAAUCAAACUGGGCGCAGAGGGUCAGUCAUCUACAGCAAAAAGUCCAAGAACGAAGAUGCAUUCAAGGAGAAGAAGCAGGCUGUCGUGGACUACGACAGAGGGACCCACCAGGUUUCUGUUCAAAUCGACGGCCUCAGGAAAUCUGACUUGCCCAAACGGAACCGUUUGCGGGUCGACGGGGACGGGUUCCAGAAGGACUGGCCACUUUCUGAGGUUGUUGCCAAUAUAAUGAAGCUCAAUCACUGGGAAGAUAUUGAUGGCCUUUUAAAUAUGUGGGCCGGUCGCUUCGCCAGAAAAAAUUUCCCAGUUCUUAUAAGGGAAAUUACACAGCUUGGUUCAAUAGAGCAUAGCCUUCAUGUUUUCAAUUGGAUGAAGAACCAAAAAAACUAUUGUGCACGCAAUGACAUUUACAACAUGAUGAUCAGGUUACAUGCAAGGCAUAACCAAAUUGACCAAGCUCGCGGUUUGUUUUUUGAAAUGCAAAAGUGGAGGUGUCAUCCUGAUGCUGAAACUUACAAUGCUCUCAUCAAUGCACAUGGCCGAGCUGGCCAGUGGCGUUGGGCAAAAAAUAUCAUGGAAGACAUGCUCCGUGCAGCUAUUCCCCCAAGUCGGUCAACAUACAACACCUUGAUCAAUGCAUGUGGGUCCAGUGGAAAUUGGAGAGAGGCCUUGAAGAUUUGCAAGAAAAUGACAGAGAACGGGUGUGGGCCUGAUCUGGUGACUCAUAAUAUUGUGCUUUCUGCCUAUAAAAGCGGGGCACAGUAUGCCAAAGCACUGUCUUAUUUUGAACUAAUGAAAGGAACCAACAUCCGUCCUGACACUACAACCCUAAAUCUUGUGAUCCAUUGCCUAGCAAAGCUCGGAAAAUAUGAUCAAGCUGUUGAAAUUUUUAAUUCAAUGCGAAUGAAGAAGGCAGAAUGCAGUCCUGAUAUUGUCACAUUCACUAGCAUCAUGCAUAUGUAUUCUACUUGUGGACAGAUUGAAAACUCUGAAGCUGUUUUCAAAUCUUUGCUUGCAGAAGGCAUGGAACCAAACAUUGUCACAUAUAACACACUAUUAGGUGCUUAUGCUGCACAUGGGAUGAGUGGAAAAGCUUUACUAAUUUUGGAUGAGAUGAAAAGUCGUGGAAUCCGCCCUGAUGUUGUAUCCUACACAUCUUUACUCAAUGCCUACGGAAGAUCACAACAACCUGAGAAGGCAACAGAAAUAUUUGAAAUGAUGAAGAGAAACAACUUGAAACCAAAUAUAGUGAGUUACAAUGCACUCAUUGAUGCCUAUGGUUCUAAUGGUUUUCUUGCUAAAGCUGUACAAGUGAUGCGUGAAAUGGAGCAGAAUGGUUUGCACCCGAAUGUUGUCACGAUUGGUACUUUACUUGCUGCAUGUGGACGAUGUGGUCAAAAGGUGAAAAUAGAUUCCAUUCUAUCAGCUGCUCAAAUGCGUGGCAUCCAGUUGAACACUGUUGCCUACAACUCAGCUAUUGGAAGUUAUUUGAAUUUUGGGGAAUAUGAAAAGGCUUUGAAUUUAUACAGUUUGAUGAAGGACAAGAUGGUCAUGCCUGACUCUGUUACGUAUACUGUGUUGAUAAGCGGAUGCUGCAAAAUGUCAAAAUAUUGUGAGGCACUUGUGUUUCUUAAUGAAAUGAUGCAAAUGAAAAUUUGUAUGUCAAGAGAAGUAUAUUCAUCUGCAAUUUGUGCAUACAGUAAGCAGGGUCAACUUGCUAAGGCGGAAUCUAUGUUCACCAUGAUGAAAUUGGCUGGCUAUCAGCCUGAUGUCAUUGCAUACACAACAAUGCUACAUGCUUACAGUGUUGCAGACAAUCUGGAGAAGGUUUUCACAGUAUUCCAAGAAAUGGAAUCAAAUAAUGUUAUUCCAGACUCUAUUGCCUGUUCAUUUCUUAUGCGGGCCUUCAACAAAGGAGGUCAACCGGCCAGAGCUCUUAUUGUGGCAGAGUUCAUGCGAGAAAGGAGUAUCCGUUUUAUUGAUGCUGUUUUCUUUGAGAUGGUUUCUGCAUGCAGCAUAUUAAGAGACUGGGAAAUGACGAGUGAAAUUAUUAAAUUGAUGGAGGCAUCACUCCCUGGCAUCUCAGUUGGAAUUCUGAACCAGCUUCUCCUGUGUAUUGGAAAAUCCGGCAAGAUUGAGACCAUGAUAAAGUUCUACUACAAGAUAGUUGCAUCAGGUGCAGAAAUCAACUUAUCCACGUACUCAGUUUUGUUGGAGAAUCUUUUGAGUGCUGGAAAUUGGAGGAAAUACAUUGAGGUGAUGCAGUGGAUGGAGGAGGGAGGAAUCCAACCUUCAAAAGAAAUGUACCAAAACAUACUCAUCUUUGCCAAGAGGAAUGUCGGAACUGAGUAUGGUGCUGUAAUAAAAGAACGAAUGCGUAUGCUCAGUUCUCCUUUGUUAUCUAAUAUUAACUCUAUAAUGCUAUAAUCUAAUAUUAACUCAGGAUAUAUCCGUUCCUCCAACGCAUUAAGUGACCUGAAAGUAUUGGCAUAGCAAUUUCUCAAAUAGUUGCAUCUCCGGGAUGUGUACAUGUAUGGAGACCAGAAGACCUAAAUAUGUCACACCUCAAUACUUCUUACCAAGCAGAAUAUUGAUUUGUUAAUUUAGCGGGUAUCAUGUUAGGUGGGCCAAAUGAGGAAUUAUUCAAUUUGCCACAAGCUCAAAUGCAGUCUAUGUGCAAGGAGUCGAGGACAAGCAUGGAGUUGAUCAUGGAGUAGCAUUGUUCUUGACAGCCUUGUUACACUUGUUUACUGAAGAUGCGAGUGCAUUCAAUGAUAAAUGUAAAUUUUAAAUAAAAAAAAUUAGAAUGUAUAUAGGCUAGAAUUGUAGCACAUCAUAUGUAACUAGUUCUUUCACUCAUGCAUUACACAGGAAUGACAGGAUACUUUGAUUACUAGAAAUUGAAUUUUUUAUCUCGAAGAAACAAGUUCAUAUUUAUAAAGUCUAGACUGUUUGAUUGACUUUUCUGU